AAUUGUGUAAGUGUAAAUAAAGCAUUAAUAGUUUUACCUAGAAGAUUCAUCGGUUUGACAAUUUCAGAUUAAUAAAGAUAACUUAUCAUGUAAAAUGAUAACUCCCUAUCACAGUUUUGUAUCAAAUAUAUAUAGAAAGACAAACAUACAAAAUAGUAAAGUGUAAAACAAGUUUUAAAGUGCGACAAAAUGACACAGGUACUAUCAAAAGACCUUAGUGAUUUACUAGAAAGUGCUUUAAAUGAAAAAAUCGAAAGUUUUGACCUCCAGAUAGAAGGCAAUGACAAUGGAGAGGGCCAUUUAGGAGAAGUUCUUUUUAUCACAUUAACCAACAAAAGCACCAACAAAAUUGAUCAUGUAGUGGUCAAACAGGUACUUGAAAGUUCUGUGGAGAAUACCAUAGAUUUCAUGUCAUCAACUUUUUUAAACGAAAUUCAUUUCUAUGGGAAGUUUCUUCCAGCUUUACAAGAAUUCCAGAGAAGCUAUCCUGGAGCUGAAAUUUUUAACCAUGUUCCCAAGUGUCUGGGUACAUGUUUAGAAAGAGGAAAAGAAAAGUUAAUAUUGGAAAACCUAAAGUUUAGGAAUUUUACUUUGCAUCCUAAAAAGGAAUACGUAGGGUACAAAAUGUACGAAGCUAUAUUUAAAACAUACGGAAAGUACCAUGGUGCUUGCUUAGCCUUUAAACAUAACCAACCAGAAAAAUUUCUAGAAUUAUCAAAUGGUUUUCAGAACAACUUUAAGAAAAUGGUGAAGACUGGUUUGUUAGAGAGGGGUAUACUUGGAAUGAGUGCAAUGGUACAAUCCACAUUAAAAGAGACCCAACCAGAAUUAUAUGAAAAGUUUACACCAUUUGCUGAGAAAUCUGUAGAAAAGUUCUUGAAUUGUUUAGAUUAUAGAAGCCCAUAUUCCGUAAUUACUCAUGGUGAUUGUUGGAGUAACAAUAUGAUGUUUAAAAUAAACGAAUCAGGUACCAUAGAAGAUAUUCAACUAAUUGAUUUCCAGAUGUCGUGGCUAGGCACCCCAGUUAUGGAUCUAACAUAUAGUUUUUAUGCAAGCACUGGGAAGGAGAACUUAGAAAAACUAGACGACCUCCUAAAAGAAUAUCACGACAGUCUGAGUGAGACGUUGAAAAGUUAUAACUGUGACGUUGAAAAAAUUUUCCCAUUCCAUGCACUUAAGAAGGAGUGGAAGGAGUACAGUGCAUUUGGUUCUUUAAUGGGCUUGCUCUUGUGGUUACACAAAACUAGGGAACUAAAAGAGGUACCUAAUAUUGGCGAGAUAAUGGAUAGAUCUAAUGAUGAGCAAUCUAAACCAGAUAAAAAGCAAGAUUUGGGUAUUGAAUUUGACCAUGCCUUCUUUUAUAGAUCAACUUUACCUAUUAUAAAACAUAUGUGUGAUAAUGAUUUUUUGUAACUUAAUAAAUUGAAAACAAAAUAA